UUGAGGGGGGUUAAUGGCAAUGUGUCUUUUACUGUAAUACAUUUUUUUUAAUUUAAACAUUCACCGUGUUUUUUUAUCCCACCUUGUAACUUGUUCCCUAAUAAACAGCUUGCCAGUGACUGUGGACAUGUAUGUCCAUGUGAAAGGCAUGGAAAUUGGUUCACACCUGAGUGAGACCAGUUCAAUUUAUUUCUUUUAACUUCAGCUUCAUUGUUAAAAUGGAGGAAUUAAUAAUGGUCAGCACAGUGCUUUGAGACUCUGAAGCUAUCUUCAGAGAGUGAAGUUACGAAAAUUCAAAAAUAGUAGGUGAAAUCAGAAAUAAUGAGUCCUAGUUAAGAAUUAAGUGUCCCUUUUUAGCUGGCAGUGUGGCUUUACUGGGGUUCAUGUUCCAUGUUUUUACAAUAGGUAUGAAAUAAAAGCAUCUACUAGAAAGGUUUGUUGCAAGAUAAAAUGAAAUAAUCCAUAAAAACUCAGCCUACUAGCCUAUGUUAACUAUUAUCACCAUUAGUGUAUUAUUUCCACAAAGAUGAUUGUAUUGGCUUUAGGAUUAGUCUCCCAGCUGGUCUUGAUGUCUUCUGUACUCUUCAGAUUGGUCUUUCUAAAAUACAAAUUUCAUGGCACUGUCCUGCUGAAAAUCCUCAGUGGCUCCCUAUUUUGAUAAAAUCAAAACAAUUGGGAAUAGUAUAUUUGGUCUUUGAUUAUCUGACUCCUUUCUUUUCUUCGUCAACACGUCAAGAUUGCUCAGUCUUUUGGUUCUAAGGAGAUGUUUGCAGUUCCCUAAGCAGGUCAGCCGCUUGUCCUAGGGCGCUGAGGCCAGGAGACACGCCCCUCCCUCCGCACCUGCGGCUCACUGGUUAGGUGUGCGGUGUCCGCGUCCUCGGUAAGGCGCGGGGCUUGAGAACCCGUCAUGACCGCCAAAGAGCAUCCAUCAUUGUGGGGCUUUGGAACAACAAAAACAUUCAAAAUUCCCGUUGAACACUUGGAUUUCAAGUAUAUUGAAAAAUGUUCAGACGUUAAACACUUGGAAAAAAUUCUUUGUGUGCUCAGGUCUGGUGAGGAAGGAUAUUAUCCAGAACUUACAGAAUUUUGUGAAAAGCGCCUUAGAGAAUUGGCUCCCAAAAGCAGAGCUUUGAGGAAAGAUAAACCUGCAGCAACAGCAUCCAGUUUUACAGCAGAAGAAUGGGAAGAAAUUGAUGGUGAUAUAAAGAAUUGGGUAUCAGAAAUUAAAAAAGAAGAAAAUAAAAUACACUUCCAUGAACCUGAAACGUUUCCAGCAAUGGAAGAAAAUCUGCCUCCAGUUCGUGGUUCAAACAGCUGUCUUCAUGUUGCCACAGAAAAAUGUUCUAAAAGUAGACCAGCUAAAAAGAAAAUUCCAAGGGAUUAUGCAGAGUGGGAUAAAUUUGAUGUGGAAAAGGAAUGUUCAAAAAUUGAUGAAGGUUACAAAGAAAAAACGGCAGUAAACAACAAGUCACAUUUGUCCAAAAUUGAGACAAGAAUAGACACAGCAGGUCUAACUGAGAAGGAAAAGGAUUUUCUUGCUACUCGUGAAAAGGAAAAAGGAAAUGAAGCUUUCAACUCAGGAGAUUAUGAGGAGGCUGUGAAAUAUUAUACAAGGAGUCUGUCAGUGCUUCCCACCAUAGCGGCCUAUAAUAAUCGAGCUCAAGCAGAACUCAAACUACAGAACUGGGACAGUGCUUUUCAGGAUUGUGAAAAGGUCUUGGAGUUAGAACCUGGAAACUUAAAGGCCCUUCUACGCCGUGCCACUACAUAUAAACAUCAAAACAAGCUACAGGAAGCUAUAGAAGAUUUGAGUAAAGUACUGGAUAUUGAACCUGAUAAUGAGUUGGCCAAAAAAACUUUGUCAGAAGUUGAAAGAGAUCUGAAAAAUUCUGAACCUGCAUCUGAGCCUCAGACUAAGGGAAAAAGGAUGGUCAUUGAGGAAGUAGAAAACUCGGAAGCUGAAGAUGGAAAGGACAGUGGGAAAAAGCAUGAAGAUGGCAGUGGAGAUAAAAAGACCGGGGAGCCGGCAGGAGCCGCGCGCACCGCCGAGACGCGCGCCAUGGGCAACAUCCAGAAGAAGCUGACGGGCAAAGGCGAGGGCGGCAAGAGGCCGGAGAAGGGCGCGCAGCGGUGGAGCCGGGCACUGGGGGUCGGUGCGGACAAGCUGGGCCGCCCACGGAGGACGGCGGGCGGUGCCAACGGGCACCCGGGGGGCGGGCGGAGCGCCGGGGACCCCGUCGUGGCCAACGCGUCCCCCGGUCCUGGCGCGCCGCCGCCCGCCGUCCCGGUCAGCCCCGCGGGCCUGAAGAGCCAAGGCAACGAGCUGUUCAAAAACGGGCAGUUCGCCGAGGCGGCGCUCAAGUACUCGGCUGCGAUAGCGCAGCUGGAGCCAGCAGGAAGUGGAAGUGCAGAUGAUCUAAGUAUCUUAUAUUCAAAUAGAGCAGCAUGUUACCUAAAGGAAGGAAACUGCAGUGGCUGCAUUCAAGAUUGUAACAGGGCUCUGGAACUUCACCCUUUCUCAAUCAAACCUCUUCUUCGACGAGCCAUGGCCUAUGAAACUUUAGAGCAGUAUCAGAAAGCUUAUGUGGAUUAUAAAACAGCGUUGCAAAUAGACUGCGGAAUCCAGAUAGCAAAUGACAGUAUUAACAGAAUAACAAGAAUUUUAAUGGAUCUCAAUGGACCAAGCUGGCGGGAAAAGCUGCCAACCAUUCCUUCUGUGCCCACUUCCGAACAAUUGCGAGCUUGGCGACCUGCAGCCGAGAUGCUCCAACACCAAGUGGGAGAUUCUUGCAGCCAGGACCAACCAGGCACCACAGAUGAAAAAAUGUUUAAAACCCUUAAAGAAGAAGGAAAUCAAUGUGUAAAGGACAAAAACUAUAAAGAUGCCCUUAAUAAAUACAGUGAAUGCUUAAAGAUUAACAAUAAGGAAUGUGCCAUUUAUACAAACAGAGCGCUCUGUUACUUGAAGCUGUGCCAGUUUGAAGAGGCAAAGCAGGACUGUGAUCGGGCGCUUCAGAUAGAUAACGGGAAUGUGAAAGCUUGCUAUAGACGAGCUCUUGCACAUAAAGGACUCAAGGAUUAUGAGAAAAGUUUAAACGAUCUCAAUAAAGUUCUCCUAUUAGAUUCGAAUAUUGUUGAGGCAAAGAUGGAACUAGAAGAAGUAACCAAAUUCCUUAAUAUUAAGGAUAAUGCAGCAUCAUUCAACAAAGAAAAGGAGAGGAGGAAAAUUGAGAUUCAAGAGGUGAAUGAAGGCCAUGAGCCUGAAAGGACCUUAGAGGAGGUCUCCACUGGCUGCCUUGCAUCUGAGAAGGGGGACACAAGCAAUGGGACAUCAGAAUGCUAUGAAAAACUACCAAUCGCCAAGCCUAACAAUGCCUAUGAAUUUGGUCAGGUUAUAAAUGCUAUCAGUACUAGGAAAGAUAAAGAAUCCUGUGCACACCUCUUAGCCAUCACUGAACCGAAAGAUUUGCCAAUGUUGUUAAGUAACAAACUUGAAGGGGAUAUAUUCCUCCUCCUCAUUCAGUCUCUGAAAAAUAAUCUUAUUGAUAAAGAUCCCUCAUUGGUAUAUCAGCAUCUUUUAUAUCUGAGUAAAGCAGAAAGGUUUAAGAUGAUGUUGACACUAAUUAGCAAGGGCCAAAAGGAGCAAAUUGAACAGCUCUUUAAUGACCUCUCAGACAAACCAAACAAACAUUUUACUUUAGAAGAUAUACGGGCCCUAAAAAGGCAGUAUGAACUUUAAAUUAAGAUUAUUGUUACAUUUCUUACAUGCAUGUGUGUAUUCCAGUGAUGCUAAUGAGAUGGUAUUAUAAUACAGUUGCAUGGAUAAAACCUGGUUUAGAAAAGAUCCCUUGGACUGGACUAUAAAAUGUUUUACUUAUUUUUAUACAUAGAACAUGUAUAUUCUACAGUCUUUUUAUUAGUUGUAAAUACUUUAUGUACCAGAGCUAACACCUUUAUAUUUAAUAAUAUUUGGAACUAGUUAAAGUAUAUUUAAUUUAUAUCAUACAUUUUCUUUUAAUAACUUGUUAAAAAUUUGAGUUAAAUUACAUUUUUUUGGGCUAUGGAAAAGUCCACUUAAGUUUGACAGAAAUGUAUUUCUUUAAAUUCAUUUUUAAAAGUGAAAACCAUUUACAACGAUUAUUACAUCACCUUUAUUUCCUGCUAAGAUAUAUAUAAAUCCUAUUUUAUACUACUUAUACAUUACAAUCUGCUAAGAUGAAAUGCAAUAUAUAAGUCUAUAAUAUGCAAUGAUUAUUAAAUAGUGAUUAAUUUAGAACUAUAAAAGGAACUUAUUUUUCUAAUAUGGACGUAUUGCCCAAUAAUUAAGAACAAAGAUUGCUAAGAAUUUCUACAACUUUUUACCAGAUUUGAAAAAGCUACUUUCCCUUAUAAAUUGUAAUAUAAGCAAUAACAAAACAACCAAUAUAGAAAAGUAAACUAAACCUGCUUUUCUGUUUGAAUUGUCACCCCCAAAUAUUUAAAUGUCUUCUCUCCCUUUUUAACCAUGACCAUAUUUAUUCCCUUAAUAUAAAAGGGAAAGUGAAGAACUCAUCAUAUUGAAAGCUCCUUUGUUAACUGAGUCAAAGUAAAGAUAUUUCUUAAAAGACUCAGGUCUGUCAGUGGACUGUCAAAUGUAUUCCCAGAGUCUUUAGUCAAUUCUCUUUUUCUGGAGGGUUUUCUUGUUCUUUAGAAGUGAAGAUGAAAGAUGAAUAUCACUUUUAAUAUUUCCAUAUUCUUUAUCUAACUUUAUAUAAUUAUAAAAUAUUUUAAAAAAUCAUUGCAGGUAAUGGUACCUUUCAAACUAUGCCAUUUUUCUUUUAAACUGUUCUUUCCUUUGUUCAUAAAUGAAAAUCUACUGUAAUGGGUGUUUAAUUCUAAUCUUUAAGCAAAGUUUUCUCCUUUAAUGCUAUUAAAUUUUUGUAAAAGUAAAUGAUGGAGUGUGUUAGUAAGUUUACAAUAGAGACACAAAAAGAAAACGUUCUUUUUUUGUUGACAGUUACAUAGCCAGCACCUAGCUGCAUGGGGCUAAGCUGUCUGCCAGUGGCAACCUCUCCCACAGAGGAAGUGGGAAACAUUGCGUGAACACCUGGCUAUCCCAGCUGUGUGGGUUGCAGCUAGAGAAAUCCAUUUCUUUCCAGCAGCAUCCAAAGUACUGAGGUGACACCUCCAUUACUGAGGGGAGGGAAAAUCAGGUGAAGGAAGCAAAUAAGAAUAUCAAAGCACAUUAAAGGAACCUGGUUCUUGGUGUCUGCUUCAGGACUUCAUCAGGAAGUCUGCCCGCAAGCCUCUGGGAGUAUCCCACUUGAUCUCCCCACUGGGUUCGCAGGUACCCCCAAAACCCCAAGUGCCAAAUCCAGACCUCCUCCCACUCUGUGGCCAGAUCCUUGUGUAUCUUCCUGAGUGCAAUAGUGAAAGCAGAUCCAGUAAUUGGAGUGUUCUCAGAAAAGUGUUGCCCAGCAUCUGUGGGCAAGAGAGAAACCAACUGGAAUUAUAGCACCACUUUCUGGAAAACAAGAAGUUUCCAACAGCCAGCCUGGUGAGUUAUAAAAAGACAAGAUGUAAAAGGUUAAGAAUUCUGCCACAAGAGGGAGUGAUAAGAGUGGAAUAGUUCUUCCUGUUCAGAAGCCAAGGAAACCCCUGUUACAGCAACACCAGUGACCAGUACUCCGUGAGAAGGCAACCAAUAAAGAUUUAAGAAGCUAUCUGCUACUUCAAAUGUGAAAACUGCAAUGCAGAAAUAUAAGGAACGUAAAAAAUCAAGAAAAUAUGUCACCCCCAAAAGAUACCAGUAAUUCUCCAAAAACCAAGCUCAACGCCACAGAAUACUGUGAUCUAGUUGAUAAAGAAUUUAGAAUACAGUAGUCUUCCCUGCCUUAUCCAUGGUUUUGCUCUUUGCAGUUUUAGUUACCCGUAGUAAACCAUAGUCCAGAAUUAUUAAAUGGAAAAUUUCAGAAAUAAACGAUUUACAAGUUUUAAAUUACA